AUGGCUGGGGCUGGAUCCAACAUGCUACGAGUACACGAGUAUGUAAAGCUGCUUGCGGUGACUACAUGGAUCAUUGCCAUUUGGCCGUUUCUGUCCUCGUGGUCUGGAUCCUUCAUCCUUUGGUUCAACAUUGGCUUUGAAAUUCCAAGACCGACCCUCACCUCUACUCUAUUACAGCUGGUGGUCACGGGCACAGCAUGGGUUAUGCGGUCGGAGGUGGUGCUUGCGGUGGCGCAUUCAACUGUGCUGGUCCUCCUCUCGGGAAUCGGUUAUGUGCCGGUGCUCAGUCGGGAGAUCUUGCUCUGGAGGGCUGCAUAUCUAGCCUCACACUGGGUCUGGGAGCCUGCCUUUGGGUCAUGA